AUGGCAAUUUCUUUACUCAAAGAGUUUGAAAUUCCAGAAGGGCUUCUCCCUGUUGCUGAUAUUAUUGAAUACGGGUAUGUGAAAGCAACCGGUUACUUCUGGGUUUUGCAGAAGAAGAAAGUGGAACAUAAAUUCAAUAUGAUAAACAAGGUUGUGAGCUAUGAUAUUGAGAUAACAGGUUACAUUUCAAAGAAGAAUAUUAAGAUGCUUAAAGGUGUUAAUGUUAAAGAACUCAUGUUACGGCCUCCUAUCAAUGAGAUUAUUGUUGAUGAAGAACCAACUGGAAAAAUUCAUUUCAAGAGUUAUGGUGGUAUCACCAAGACUUUCCCUGUUGAAGCUUUUGCUGUUUGCCAGUAA